AUCAUGAGGUCCUCGGUUCGAGGUCCGGUGGUGAACGAUGGCGAGGACAGCACCGACAGCACCCCGCUCCUUCAGGGCGCCCGGCAGGCCGAAGCCGCUCCAGCAUGCUGCUCUGCUCGUUACAACUUAGCAAUGUUGGCCUUCUUUGGUUUCUUCGUUCUCUAUGCAUUACGUGUGAAUCUGAGUGUUGCAUUAGUGGAUAUGGUAGAUUCAAAUACAACUUUAGCAGAAAAUAGAACUUCCAAGGAGUGUGCAGAUCAUUCUGCUCCCAUAAAAGUUCUUCGAAAUCAAACGGGCAAAAGGUACCAGUGGGAUGCAGAAACUCAAGGAUGGAUUCUUGGUUCUUUUUUUUAUGGUUACAUUAUCACACAGAUUCCUGGAGGAUAUGUUGCCAGCAAAAUAGGGGGAAAACUGCUGCUAGGAUUUGGGAUCCUUGGCACCUCUGUCUUUACCCUGUUCACUCCCAUCGCUGCAGAUUUAGGAGUUGCAGCUCUCAUUGUACUCAGAGCACUGGAAGGACUAGGAGAGGGUGUUACGUUUCCAGCCAUGCAUGCCAUGUGGUCUUCCUGGGCUCCCCCUCUAGAAAGAAGCAAGCUUCUUAGUAUUUCAUAUGCAGGAGCACAGCUUGGGACAGUAAUUUCACUUCCUCUUUGUGGAAUAAUCUGCUACUAUAUGAAUUGGACUUAUGUUUUCUACCUCUUUGGUAUAGUUGGAAUAUUUUGGUUUGUUUUAUGGAUGUGGCUAGUUAGUGAUACACCAGAAACUCACAAGACAAUCUCCAAUAAUGAAAAGGAAUACAUUCUUUCAUCCUUAAAAAAUCAGCUUUCUUCACAGAAGUCAGUGCCAUGGAUACCCAUUUUAAAAUCACUACCACUUUGGGCUAUUGUAGUUGCUCAUUUUUCGUACAACUGGACUUUUUAUACUUUAUUGACAUUAUUGCCUACUUACAUGAAGGAGAUCCUAAGGUUCAAUGUUCAAGAGAAUGGAUUUUUGUCUGCAUUGCCUUAUUUUGGUUGUUGGUUAUGUAUGAUUCUGUCUGGUCAAGCUGCUGACAAUUUAAGGGCAAAGUGGAAUGUUUCAACUAUAUGUGUUCGAAGAAUUUUUACCCUUAUUGGAAUGAUUGGACCUGCAGUAUUCCUGGUAGCUGCUGGAUUUAUAGGCUGUGAUUAUUCUUUGGCUGUUGCAUUCUUAACUAUAUCAACAACAUUGGGAGGCUUUUGCUCUUCUGGAUUUAGCAUCAACCAUCUGGAUAUUGCACCUUCGUAUGCUGGUAUCCUCCUAGGCAUCACGAAUACAUUUGCCACUAUUCCAGGAAUGGUUGGGCCUGUCAUUGCUAAAAGCCUGACCCCUGAUAACACUGUUAGAGAAUGGCAAAUUGUUUUUUGUAUCGCUGCUGCUAUUAAUGUAUUUGGUGCCAUUUUCUUUGUACUAUUGGCCAAAGGCGAAGUGCAGAAGUGGGCUGUCAGUGAUUACCAUGGACACAAAAACUGAAGAAAACAAUAAAUAAUCCUCUUUCUAUUAAUGUACUUUUAUUUAUCAUGUAACCUGAAAAGUGCCUUUGAUAUUUUAAUGUGUAAGCAUUCUAUAUAUUAAAAAAUGUACUUGUAUUAAAUUUUAAGGCUUGUAAUCAUGAAGUGUCACUAGUUGCCAGAUUAGGAAAAUUUGCUCUUUUUAAUAACUAAUAAUAUAUAUGCAGGACUUUAAACUUUAGGUUCAGAUACCUGGCUGCAAGUCAGGUGAUAUGAAAUAGGAGAACUCUAUUUAUUGUUAAGGGCCGCAUUUAAGGGAAUGAAAUUAAAUGAACCCUCUUAUACUGCUUAUCAAACUAGAUAAUAACCUCAGGUUUUGGUAAACACCUGUUUUUGUUCACUUUUCUCAUGAAAACUAUUUGUUAUUAGCUCUCUGUGACACUUAGUCUCAAACUUCAGCAUCUCCAUAGAGCUGCUAGCCACUGUAUAAUUAGGCCUGGCACCUAGAUUGAGUAAAGCAUGCCCAGGCAGCUGCCAAGCAUUCCCUCUCUGGCAUCAGGGACAGAGUGUCCAACAUUUAUCAGAAGCAGCACCCAAGUCCAGGGCCAAUGCCAAAAUCUUUGUAUGGUGUUCUCUUUCUGGGGCUAUUAAUGUGUAUAUGAAGCCCUGAAUAGACAAGAGCAGUAAGAUCCACAAUUAUGGUCUUGAUGCAGCCUCAAACUUUCCCUUCCCAGCACUUUGGACUAUCUACUCUCAUGGAAUCUG